UUUCAGUCUUCCACGACAGGUGGCGCUGCUGUUCACGCUGGUCAUUAAAAAGCAAAGAAAGGAAGGGGGAAGAGAGACGCUUGAGUGUUUACAGUUAGCUGGAUGUGCAGCGACAGCUGAGCUGGACUCGGUACCUCAGUGUGAUGCGGAUUUCUUCUGUCAGGGCCGAGAUCCGUUGAGAUGGAAUGGUGCAAGAAAGUAGUGACAGAUAUCGCGGCCUGAACACACACCACAACAUGGAGAUCCAUCCGCUAUGCACAAAGCUUUGCAAUCAUAAAGCUGUGGAGCUGAAGGAUGAUGAGUGUGAGAAGCAGAGUGCGGUCACCGUUAACCCUCGACACAUGAAGAAAGCUUUCAGGAUCAUGAAUGAAUUGCGCAGUCAGUGUGUGUUGUGCGACGUGACCAUUGUAGCGGAGGAUGUGGAGAUUGCAGCACACCGAGUGGUUCUAGCAGCUGGGAGUCCGUAUUUCCGUGCCAUGUUCACAGGCGAGAUGAGCGAGAGCAGGCAGAAGAAGGUGCGGAUAAAGGAGAUAGAUGGCUGGACGCUGGGCAUUCUGAUCGAUUAUGUUUACACUGCCGAAAUACAGGUCACCGAAGAGAAUGUACAGGUGCUGCUGCCAGCUGCUAGUCUUCUCCAGCUGCAGGAGGUGAAGAGAGCAUGUUGUGAGUUUCUCUCCUCUCAGCUCCAUCCUACAAACUGCCUCGGAAUCCGGGCCUUCGCUGACCUGCACGCUUGCUUUGAACUUCUCAGCCUGGCCAACUCGUAUGCAGAGCAGCACUUCUCAGAGUUGAUGCAGUGUGAGGAGUUCCUCAACCUGGGCAUGGAGCAAGUGUGCAGCCUUAUCGCCAGUGACAAACUCACCAUACCCUCGGAAGAGAAGGUGUUCGAGGCGGUCAUUGCGUGGGUCAAACACGAUAAGGACGUACGGCAGGAACAUAUGUCUCGUCUGAUGGAGCAUGUACGCCUGCCUCUCCUGUCCAGAGAAUACCUUGUACAGAGGGUGGAGGUGGAAACACUGGUGAAGAACAGCAGCGCUUGUAAAGACUACUUGAUCGAAGCCAUGAAGUACCAUCUGCUGCCAGCCGACCAGCGCUUCAUGAUGAAGACCAUCCGCACCAGAGUGCGCACGCCAGACAGCUACCCGAAGGUGAUGGUGGUUGUUGGGGGCCAAGCACCGAAAGCUAUCCGCAGCGUGGAGUGUUAUGACUUUGAAGAGGAGAGAUGGUACCAGGUAGCAGAACUGCCGACCAGACGAUGUCGAGCAGGUGUAGUGUACAUGGGUGGCAUGGUGUACUCUGUCGGAGGCUUUAAUGGCGCUCUGCGUGUGAGAUCAGUGGACGUGUAUGACCCUGUGAAAGACGAGUGGUGCUGUGUGAGCAGUAUGCAGGACCGGAGGUCCACACUAGGUGCCGCUGUUCUUGACGGACUCCUUUAUGCCGUGGGUGGUUUUGAUGGCAGCACAGGUCUGGCUACUGUCGAGGUGUACAACUCGAAAACCAACGAAUGGUACCACGUAGCUCCCAUGAGCACCCGGCGCAGCAGCGUGGGAGUGGGCGUGAUCGGAGGUAUACUGUAUGCAGUUGGUGGGUAUGAUGGAGCGACACGUCAGUGCUUGAGCACCGUGGAGGCGUAUAGCCCGACCACCAACAAGUGGUCACACAUAGCAGAGAUGGGAACACGGCGCAGUGGAGCAGGGGUGGGUGUGCUGAAAGGUCUGCUGUAUGCUGUGGGUGGGCACGACGGCCCAUUAGUCAGGAAGAGCUGUGAAGUGUACGACCCUGUCAUUGGCACCUGGAAACCAGUGGCCGAUAUGAACAUGUGUCGCCGGAACGCAGGAGUGUGUGCAGUCAACAAUCUGCUGUAUGUGAUCGGGGGUGAUGACGGCUCCUGUAACCUAGUGUCGGUGGAGUAUUAUAAUCCCAGUACAGAUAAGUGGACCAUAUUGCCAAGCUUCAUGAGCACCGGGCGGAGCUACGCAGGUCAGGCAUGCAAACCAACAGCUUGGGGUGUGUCGGCCAUUGAUAAACCUCUUUGAGCAAUUAAGAGUUGAAACUCUCUUGAAAUGGAAGCUGAAAAAUAAGCUGACGUGAUGCUGAGGAGUUGCUCACACUGAAGACGAGGCUGAAGCUUCCUCCUGGAGCUGCUUCAUGAUUUUGAAGGCCUGGACAACGCUGCUCUCUCUCUCUUACUUUCACACACUCAUACACUAUCUCUGUCUCUAUUUCACUCUCUCGCUCUCUCUACAGAUCAUUUUGUCUCUCUCCCUUUCUUCCUCUUUUUUUCUCUCUCAGUUUUUCUCUGUCUAUAAAUUUCUGUUUGUAUCUCUCUUUCUCACUGUCUUUUAUCCUCCACAUUCUCCCUCCCUACAGAUUUUUCCUGUUCAUUCUUCCUUACUGUUUCUUGUUUUCUCUCUCUCUCUCUCUCUCCUACCUUUUUAUUUGAGAGUAGUUACAGUAUGAUGAAGAUAUUUGCACUUUUUGCAGUAAAGUACUAACCAAGCGUGCGGUUCAAACUCUAACGUAACUGAAAGGAUGCCUCUGGAAAACACUAGCGUAACGUUCCAGUGUCUGUUCAUGGGGCUUGGGAGUGACUCCGUAGACCUGAAGGAACCCCUUGCUCAUUGUGGAUGUAUUUGACCUUGGAGCUGGACUUGCUAAAAUAAAAAAUGGACCAGCACUUUCUCACUCUGAAUCUCUGAAAGUCACUGGACUGAAGAGAUGAUUUUUAUGAAGAAGGAUGGACUAACGGACUAGAUUGCUGUGAUUUUACGGCAGAGCUGCUAAAUCGACGAGCGAAAAGCUGCAUCGGGUGAACAUUAAUAGGAGACUUGCGCCUGAGCUUCUUUGCCAAACCGAGUUUAAAAAGUCUUAACACUCUGAACAUUUCUUCAUUUCUUGCGCACCGUGUCUUUUAACUGCGAUCCAACUGGGUCUGUUCUGGAUGUAUCCGUGAUGCGCUGCUCUGCUGCUGCGUGUGCCUGAGCAUGUGUAUCGUUUCGGACUGGCUGCUCGGCUGAGGAAGUGCUUCUGCAUGGAUCUAAGUUUUUGUGUUUGUGUGCGUGUAUGCGAGUGUGUAUGUACACGUGUGUGCGUGUGUAUUUGUGUUUGUGUACCGUUUUUAAACUACUGCAGUCAUCUGUCCAGUGACACUGCAUCUCUGACUGAAACUGCUGAGCACUGACCAAUUAUGUGCAAAUGCUUUCCUUUCUUUCCUUUUCCUUUUAUCUUCUGUACCUUUUCUAAUCUCAGUUCUGUACUCUCUCGUGUUUUCUAUUUAUCUAUUAUUAAUUAUUCUAAUCAAUAUUAAAACUAGGUGUUGGUCAAGAGGAAUGCAGUGCACUUGAGCCAAUUCAUAAUGUCUUUUAUAUCAUGAAUAAUAAACAUGCUUCUUGUA